UUGUGAUCCGGUUGAAGUCACAUGAUCGCUCAUUAUGGCCAUGCAAACUAGGCAGCUUAAAUCCAGGCCCUGCUUGGGCUAACAUCAGACAUUCAAAUAGCCGUGCUUUUCUAGAGACAUGGGACAAGGCAGUCACGGGGGACCUUUCCUAAGCAGCGACAGACGGCAACAAACACUACAAAGGAGCUAUCAUUGUCAAAUAUGAACAGAAACUAUGUUCUCUUUUCGGAUGGUUUGAACUUUUUCCUUUCGAUGCUUUGCGGAGGUUGUGUGUUAUAAAUGAAAACGGAAGUUUUCCGUGAAUUGUUGAUACCUACGGCGAACGGGUGCCACACCUUCAUUUAACGCAACAGCUCCACUACCCAGCUGGCCAGAUGGGGUGCCAAUGCUGUCGGAUGCUGAAAAGUUACAUCUAUGAUCCGACCGCUCAGGUGGACGUCCACGGCAGGAAGAGGGACCCGGCUGAGAGCUCCCUCUACCAGUCCCACCACCUACCAGGAGACAGCGGGAACCAGUUCAGCAUCAAGCAGAACCAGGGCUUCCACAACCUGGGCUUCAGCAACAAGUACACCGAAAGACGAGGUGGCGGAAGCCUCAAGCUGGAGAUCGACAACAACCACAUCAACAAGCUCCACGCCGUGCCCACCAACCCAGAGAGGGAGUUGGGCACGGGGCAGGCAGCCAAGCCUCAUGUGGGAGAGGGUGGUGGAGAUCUAUAUAUCCUCCAUCCAGAGGGCCAGGUGCCAAGACGAGAUCCAUCCAAGGGCCUCAAUCUAGUCCGAGUCUAUCCCAACACACCCUCCCUGGAUCUUACUCUCAAUCUGACCCACUCAGGUGACACUGACUCUCACCCAGACAAGAUUAGGAUGGUCCGGAACUUCUCGGAUCCCUCCAUCGGGGACAGGUAUGGGGUGGGGUGCAACACCUCAUCAGUGGACGAGCUGGACGAGGGGGUGGGGGGCACGCCGGAGUACCUGGGAGACACGGGAGAUGAGCAGAGUGUCCUGUCUGUGGACAUUCAAACCAGUACGACGAGCCUGUCCUCGGCAGACACAAACGACGAUAGGGGGGCGCCGGACACCACUACCACAGAGAAUGGGAUCGGGAUCUCAGUGAAGAAGAGCGAGGAUGAGGGGAAGGAAGGGGAAGACGAUGACGUGCAGAGCGUCACAGACUCUAUGGUGGCAGAAGCUCUGGCAGCUCUAGAGGCAGCGACUGCCGGGGAGGACUAACUGUCGAAAACCUCUUAAUAGGUCCAACAAAAACACAAUCUAACAUCUAUUCAGCUUCAGUAUCUGAUGGGGCCGAAUGAGGAGAUUCUGAUGUAUCUUUUAACAUGUCACAUGGGUAUAUCAAUGUUGUCUGCACUCUCAGGAGAAGACUCUUGGCGCUUGACUGUGAAUAUUCCCCGCGUCCUAGUCCCCAAUAUAUGGUACAUAUUAAACUUCCUGGUCUUCAGCUGUACAAUCUACAUUUCUAUGUUCCACCAGCACAGCUUCUAGAACUUCUCACUCUAUAUUCUGUCCUAUAAAAUGCAGCUCUGCACAGCUUCUAGAACUUCUAUCUCUAUAUUCUAUCCUAUAAAAUGCAGCUCUGCACAGCUUCUAGAACUUGUAUCUCUAUAUUCUGUCCUAUAAAAUGCAGCUCUGCACUGCUUCUAGAACCUGUAUCUCUAUAUUCUGUCCUAUAAAAUGCCGCUCUGCACAGCUUCUAGAACUUGUAUCUCUAUAUUCUGUCCUAUAAAAUGCAGCUCUGCACUGCUUCUAGAACCUGUAUCUCUAUAUUCUGUCCUAUAAAAUGCCGCUCUGCACAGCUUCUAGAACUUCUAUCUCUAUAUUCUGUCCUAUAAAAGGUUCUAUUCAGUGGGAAUACAGUACUUGUCAUGGCUUUGUUUGUCUUCAGGGAGCUUUGCUGUGCUUCAUUAUAUAAACCCAUUGACAGGCCGUCUCCAGCUACCUAUUGGUGUAUCAUAUCCAUGUUGUUGUUGUUGUUUACCUGUUUUACUAUGUUAUUUAUAUAAUAACUGGUUGGCCCAGACUUUUCUAGUUCAAUACAUGUCAGAGAUAUCUUGUUUAGCUAAGAUUCCACUCCCUGCUCUCCUUUCGCAAUGACGCACAGUGCAAGGAGUGGAACGUUAGCUAAACAGACUGGUGCCCAGGCUAUGUCAGAGACAUUUCCCAAACUUUGGAGAGGAGAGCAGACAUGUUAAAGACCAUAGAGAGAGGUCGUCUGUUCACUUUACAACCUCCCAUUGUGGAGCAUACUGGGCUGACCUCAUGACACCUUACGACAGGAAGUAGGUAUAUAUAUAUAUAUCACAGAUAUACGUAGCAUCUUUGUAUCCCGUUUUCCCUCGAAUGCAAACAUUCCACAUUUGUGAUGGGUCUUUGUUUCAGUGAAGGAGAAUUAUAUUGAUUUUUUUUUUUUUUUUUUUUUAAAUCGGGACUAUCCUUUUAAAAGUCUUUGUUUCUUUGCCAAAAUCAUUUCUAUUCAAAUGUAUAUGUACAUAAAAUGCAUUUAGAAGUUUAAUUUACUAUGUACUGUCAAGAAGCCUUAAAUUAUUUUUUAAAUCAAAGCACAGAUGUUUUCAGGGGCACAAUAUAAAAAAAAUUACAAACAAAAAAAGAAUUGGCCGUGUUUCUCUGGUCGCUCACAAAUCUCGAUAUUCCUCUUGUUCACAUCCCCCUCUCUUUUCUCAAACUCUUUCCUUUUUCCAGUCUCUUUCUACCAGAUUCAAUUGCUCCAUCUCUCUCAAGGAUGUGCAACACAUACAAAACCCCCACUAUGUUAACACCUGUGUAGCCUUGGUGUGUGCGUGUGUGUGUGUGUGUGUGUGUUAUUUCUCUGAGAUCUAAGUGUGUUUAGGAGAUCGUAGCUGAAAUGUUUCUCUGACAGCCCUCUGAUAUUCCUUGCCACCAGAGCCCUGGGACCAGGCCUAACGAAGGCCCUUGGAGCGUUACUCAGGCCAAAAGGAGAUGCCAGGGACUCACAAACACCUGAUUACACCCGGGCUAAGGCGGUGAACGUGCUAACUUUGGCUCACCACAUGAUAGCUAUUAGUGUGUCUCUCCCAACCUCCCCUCGCAGUUGGAGAGGAGACACCGAAAUAUCCCAAUCUUGUGAUGUUUCUUUUUUUAGCCACAUUAUCUCUCCCAUCUCCUUUUCUUUACCGAGUGUUCGUCUCCGUUCGUCUCCAUUUAUUCACACACCCUCCCUCUCGCCGUAAAGAAACUGUUUUGGGUUUGUUUUUGGUGGUGGUGGGGGGGGCAUCUGUUUCUGUGGUAAUACAGUGUUGCUUCUGCUUUAACCUAUACCAGUGGCCUUCCUCUCAAUAUCUCCAUGUCAACUCCUUCACAAUAACAACCCCUUUCUCACGGUGCUCUAACGUGACUGCUUAAACAGAGGGUAUCAUCUGAUCUGAUGUUUGAGGUGUACACUUGCUUUGUUUUAUUAGAAGGAAAACAUAAAAUGUGCCCGUCUGACUCAGACACUAAACUCUCCCAGAGAGGUUACAUGAUGUAAUAACAGCUCACUCAGCAGCACCACAGUUAAUCUUACUACUGACUGACUGCGUGAGUGACUGAGUGACUAACUGCUUGAGUGACUGACUGACUAUGAGUGACUGACUGCCUGACUGCGUGAGUGACUGAGUGACUAACUGCUUGAGUGACUGACUGCCUGAGUGACUCCCUGAGUGAUUGACUAACUGACUGAGUGACUGACUGACUAUGAGUGACUGACUGCCUGAGUGACUCCCUGAGUGAUUGACUAACUGACUGAGUGACUGACUGAGUGACUGACUGACUGUGAGUGACUGACUGCCUGACUGCGUGAGUGACUCCCUGAGUGAUUGACUAACUGACUGAGUGACUAUGAGUGACUGACUGACAGUAGGGGGUUUCAUGGUCUGUGAUGUCACAGUAUCCUUGUGAAGAAGCACAGACUACAGUGGGUCAGAAAUGUAUUGUAUGAUUUCUGUAAAAUUCUCAUGAAUAAAAUAACC